AUGUCUGCCUUGAUCAGCUCAGGGACGGUCUCCGCGUCCGCCUGGAUGUUCCUGGCACUCAGCCAGAUGGGUGGCCAGCAGCAAGCCAACAAAAUUGGGCAGACUUUUGUCCAGAGACUAUUGGAGAUUGGCGAUAUCCAUGCUUCUGCAACCAUCCUCUUGGCCCUCGGAGACCGAAACGACGCGAUCGAGGUCUACGUGUCCCGCAAUUACUUCAUGGAGGCCAUCCUCAUGACCUGUCUGUUGAUGCCUACUGACUGGCAGCGGCAAUCCUACCUCGUCCGUAGAUGGGGUGAAUACGUCGUCUCGAAUUCCCAGCAGCAUUUGGCAAUCCGUUGCUUCAUGUGCACGGGCGUGGAGCCUUCGGAACCUUGGACUUCUCCAACUGCCCCGAGAUUUCCUGAGCCGCGUGUGAAAUCCCCAGAGCCACGACCUCCUAGCAGACAGAAUGAACAACCAAAGCCGGAAAACAGCAACCGGAUGACGGUGAAGAAUUCGGCGCUCAAGCUCAUUACGUCGUUUGGGCCGCAAGCCAACCAGUCAUUCAAAUUCCCUGGUCUCAUGUCGGACGAUCGAACGCCCACAAACGUCCCCGGCGUGACGCCUAUCGCGGAAUCUGCUGUGGGAGAAUCCGCUCUGUCCCCAGGGGGUCUCGGCUCUUACAAACUCAAUAAUGCGAGAAGCCUCAAUCAUGCGAUGUCGAGGACCGGCACCCCUGGUGGCUUCACCCGGAAUCGACUGCCUUCGAUAGGAGAGACGCCUGUGGAUGUGCAACCUCCGGCCUUCCCGGCACCGAAGUCACUUCCAACGCCCGUGGAUUCCAGCUCAGAUAAAGAAAAGAAUGCUGGUGAUAAUGCAGAAAAGGAAUCAACGGACAAGGAUGGCAACGGCAGCGAGCAACCUGGUUUGGUUCUGCUGACAUCUGCGAGGUACGAUCCGAACAAAGACAAAGACAGCCAGGGUCCUAGUCCCCAGACUGCUGUGCAGGCGGAGCCAAACAAAUUCGAGAGUAUCAAGGGUCUGCCAUCUCCCCCGGCAGCUGUGUUUGAGUCAUUGAAGGACCAGGCCCAAACCAGAAACGGCUCACGGGAUCGCAAGCCGGAGGGGUUGCAUAUACAGUGGCCUCCUCCAGAAGCAUCAGAGUCGGAGACGGGUGCCUAUCCAGAGUAUACGCCUUCGCAUGAGCAAACCGAUACUACUGUCGACACCAGGAGCCCGGCAUCGACGUUUCACAGUCUCAAAUCAGGCAAAAGUCCCAGUGUCAGCGGCCGCAGUAUCGAUCAAUACAUCAGCAGCCUCGAAGAGGCAAACUACUAUGCGAAACAGUAUCGCCGCCAACAUCUUCGAACUCGUGACCGGCGCCACACUGACGCUGAUAGCAGUUCUCGGAAACUCAGUUCCCGAAACGGCUCAGUCGACGCUCGUGGUCGCAGUAACACUCGCCAUAUCCAACCGGCUAAGCGGUCCCCGUCUUCGCCUGUGCCCAUGUUUCCGGAAGAAUUCGCCAAAUACAACGCGAGCACUGAAAGUCUUGGAGCGAGCACAGAUACGAGGAAACAUCGGAGCCGGAGCAAAGCAGGUUCACGAGCCCGUACUUCGUCCUCGACCAGGGAGCGUCGUCGCCGGUCCUCUUCCAGGGGUAUUGAUCGCAAGCUGAAGUCGUCGAGUCGAAACGCAAGCGGUCGCCGAAGUCGAGGACGCAGUCGCGACCGGGGAGUUUCAGCUAUUCGAUCUCCCACCUCUCCGCUCCCCAUGUCUCCAUCAGGUGACGAGAUCCGUAAAUUCGAGGAGAGCCUCCGGCUUGUCGAGAUUGAUCGAGAACGCUUGCGAUCUCAACAGCGGAGCACCAGCCGACGUCCCGAUCGAGGGACCAGUGCUCGCCGCGACCCAUCGCCAGACCGUAGGCGACCACCAACACGAUCGGAGAGUCGCCAAGCACGGGAGGCCAACAACGCUCAACCAGAGCCAGCGCCAGCUGCUGAUUCUUCGGUUGAUGAAUCCCACAAACCAGCAUCCUCCUUAGCUGGCUUGAGUGCUGCCGAACGAGCCAAGAGGGAACAGGCAGCUGCCGAGCUCGAAGCACGUCGGUUGUCACUCGCGCGUCGUCCUUCAGCGCCCAAUAUUCCUCUGCCUGGUGAAAUUCAAGCUGCCGCUGCUCCUGCUGCGAGCUCUAUCGAUAGCCCUCCUUCAUCUGGCGGAUCUGGCGGGUCUUUCAGCCAGCGACUUCGAAGCAGAAGUAACGCCAGUAGACCAUCGCCCGACUAUCCCAACGCAUCUGACUCGAGCUCCUCGCGAGGCCGGUCCACUGUUCCGGUCGGACUGCCAGCGGCUCCGGGGGCGAUGCGUUACCCCAAACACAGUGACGGACAUGUCGACGAAGAUUCUCAGGGCAUUCCUGAUCUUCCCACCCUGCCGAGCACGACGUAUCAGGCAGAUGCUGCCAAGAUCAGCCGGUCCAUGUCUGUCCCAAUUGUUGACUAUCAGCCAGCUGUUCCGAGCGACCUUCCGCAUCACCCGAGAUACAACCCGAUGAUCCCACGGAGCAGAUCGACGAGCAGGACGCGAGGGCCCAUGGGCCACCGUCGUGAUGGCUCCCGCGACCUUCAUGGAAUCAGCACUAAUCGCUACGGAUCGCCACCUCCUGUCUCGGUCAGUAUCGAGGGGGAUGGUCAGCAGGAUAGCAAAGCAACUGCUCCUCCAAUCCUGCCGGAGCUUCAACAUCUGACGACACCACCACCACCGCCUCCUGCGCCAGAUCCCGGGUCAAGAGAGUCACUGAAGGACACUGGGACCAUCAACAUCGUGAUUGACGAAAACGCACAAGUCGGCAAUGACCUGCCUCGUCCAUUCACGACGGGACCCACGUCGACAGCCGAGACUCAGCCCGUGCGCGAGACCCGGCGAGGGUCAGUGGAGCACCGACGGGGCCGGAGCAUCAACGAAAGCAUUGCGACGAAGAUCCGGAAUUUCACUGGACGGAUGCGAAGCACGAGUCGAGGACCGGGGGCGCGAUCUCCGCCAACUGAAUCGCCGGAUAAAGUGUCGCCAUAUGAGAGCAUCCAGAUGGUGACGGCAGAUAAUCGAAUCUGA